AUGCCUUCCACAACAAUCAAGCUCAAAGAUCAAUCCUUGUAUGUCGACAAAGCCGUAAUCGAUGGCCAACUUGUCGAAGCCAUCUCGGGCAAACGGUUCGAUGUUGAAGAUCCAUCAACUCGUGAAGUGAUCGGUUCUGCACCUGAGAUGGACACCAAAGAUGUAGAACGAUCAGUCACUGCUGCUCAAAAUGCAUUUCAAACAUUCCGUAAGGUUUCGGGUCGCGAACGUGCAAGAAUGCUGAGAGCAUACAAUGACAUCAUCCUUGCCAACGCGGAAGAUUUUGCAAAGCUCAUCGUUGCUGAAAAUGGUAAACCUCUCAAAGAAGCUCAAGCUGAAGUUGUGUACGCUGCAAGCUUCUUGGAGUUCUUCUCUGGAGAGGCCGAACGCACAAACGGUCUUACGAUUCCGGCUGCCAAUCCUACAAGUCGUAUCAUCACGAUCAAACAGCCUAUCGGAGUUGUGGCAUCCUUGUGCCCAUGGAACCUGCCAAUCGCAAUGGCUGCCCGCAAAAUUGCAGCAGUGAUUGCUUCAGGUUGUACGACCGUCGUCAAGCCAGCAGGUGAGACACCAUUUGCCACAUUGACUUUCUGUCACUUGGCUGAAAAGGCUGGUAUCCCAAAAGGUGUCGUAAACUGCAUCACCGGAUUGAAGACAACCGCCGAGAUCGGAAAGGCCUUGUGUGAAGAACCAAGAGUAAAGAAGAUCAGUUUUACAGGUUCAACGGCUGUUGGAAAGCUUUUGGUGAAGCAAAGUGCAGACACACUCAAAAAGAUGUCUUUGGAACUUGGUGGUAAUGCACCUUUCAUCGUUUUUGAAGAUGCAAAUUUGGACGAUGUCAUUCCACAAUUGUUUGCUACUAAAUUACGCAAUUGCGGUCAAACAUGUACGGCUGCCAACCGUAUCCUUGUGCAAAAGUCGAUCGUACCUGACUUUGUCAAGCGUUUGCAAGGUGCAAUCGAGAAGAUCCCGGUCGGAGGAGGAAAGGACCCUAACGUUGGUCUUGGUCCUUUGAUGUCAGAGCGAGGUGUCGAUAAAGUCAAGACGCAUGUUGAUGAUGCGCUAGGCAAAGGUGCUACGCUUUCAUGGCAAGCCGACAAGUCCAAGUAUAUCAAAGACGAGUUCAAGAACGGCUUCUUCUAUCCACCAACGAUCAUCACUGGUCUGACGUCCGACAUGCAAAUCUGGAAAGAAGAGAGCUUUGGACCUUUGAGUGCCAUCGGCAUUUUUGAAGAUGAGCAAGAAGCAUUACAGAAAGCCAACGAUAGUCAAGUCGGUUUGGGCGCUUACUUGUUCACCAAGGAUAUCGAUCGAGCAUGGAGAAUGGCAGAAGAGAUUGAGACCGGAAUGGUGGCCAUCAAUCAUGGAAUGCUAAGUGCCGCUGAAGGUGCAUUUGGCGGCGUAAAAGAGAGCGGAUAUGGUAGGGAAGGGUCUGUUCUAGGAUUGGAUGACUAUUUGCAAAUUAAAACACUCAACUUCAGAGUGGCACCUGCAAAGUGA